GCACAUCCCAAGGCGGGGAACGGCAUCACCAACGCGCCCGACCACGUCCUCAUGUUUGCUUUGCUCAUGUUUCAUAUCGUAUAAUGGCAGACAACGACAGCCUCAAACACCUCAUCCACUGGCCGCUCUUCAAACAGACUACCCGGUCGCGGGUGCAGUUGGGCUGUUUGUUUUGUCUGACAUGGACCGCCAGGAUCGGCUCUGCAGCAGGGAUGCUGUUGAGGUGUCCAGACACUAGUUGUACAGCCACCGUCGUAUAUAAAAGGCCGGAUUCCUGCUCUUCAUGGCUGCUGUUUGUCAACUUUUAUCAUGGCGAACUUGCGAUGGAGUGAGAAACACGUGUCUAGCGAUGUGGUUACGGUGUGGGAGGAAUAUGGUAUUUCUCUUCUGUUUGCUAUGGAUUACGCUGAUCGUAUUAGACGCGGAUAAGUGGCAAACCCAUGACUCGAAAUUAUCGCAGGAAAUAGAGACACCUCGAGAUUCGACCACAGUGAUAUUCGCCUCAUCCGACGCAAUCACCAAACGAGAUCAUCUGCGCGAAUCCGAAUUACUCAAAGACUUCUGGACUGUCAUCGCAGACGACCUCAACGGCUCUUUCUGCUGCAACUACAUCACCGACGAGGAGGAGCAGAUUGUCAGACACAUCUCAUGGAGCUGCUUUAAAACCAAACACGCUACCAAGAAAAAUGAACAGCCCGUUGAACCAGAAAACAUCAAGUACAACUGGAAGCAAUUCGCCAUUCUCGUCCAUUGGUUUCCGCAGACAGGCCAGCAGAUCGUCGUAUUCUUGAACCUUCCAGAACAGCAAUGGAAGGAUAUUCAGAUACCGUCGAAUUCGGAUCGAAAAAGCAAUCCCUACGUGUGGCAUACUGCGUUUGCUGACCAGGCGAAAGAAAUAUACAACCACUCAGUCUGGUCGAUGCGUGAUCUUGUCCGUGAUGUGGAAAAGCAACGAGAUGAACCGAAUAAUCCAGCGCCAGAAUUCCCCAAACUGCACGAUAUCGCACGGCAUAUUUCGCAUGCGAACGAGAAUCUAGAAGUCGCGCUGCAUACAAUCGACAGUGUUAUCCAGGAGCAGCGGACGUGGAGGGUCGAAUACGCUGUCGACAAGAAGAAGCCAUUAUGGAUUCAGAAUCAGCAGAGAUUGCGAUUCAUCGCCAAAGAACUGCAUUCCCAGAGCACGAGAUGCCGCUCACUGAGCGAUCGGAUGAAGAACGAAAUCAACCUGGCCUUCAACCUCGUCUCGCAAAAAUUCGGCCGAAACGCCCAAAGCGACAGUGCCAUGAUGAAAACCAUCGCACUGGUCAGUUUGAUUUAUCUUCCUGCUACCUUUGUCUCGGGCCUGUUCGGCAUGAACUUUUUCAAUCUAAGCGACGAUAACGGCCAGCAGCUGUGGAUCAUGUCGGACAAUUUCUGGCUGUAUUGGGCCAUCACCAUCCCAUUGACUAUCUUGACGGUCAUUAUAUGGGCGAUUUGGCAUUACUCGGAUAGGAUUACAUCCACUGCACGGCGGAUUAGGCAUCAUGAUAUCGUAUAG